GACAACAUAUGCCAAUUAAUUAAAAAUAUACCCCUUAUUUAGGGCUUCCUCUCUGCACAAGUGUACACAAAAGUUUCCCUCGUCCCUCUCCUUCUCUUUCUGCAGAACCGUGGGACCUCAUCGGAGCUCCAUUUCCGGCCGUUCUCCCUCUCCUACUUCAGGUCGUGUAAGAAUUCUCUUUUUAACUGAAACAAGCAAAAUUCUGGCGUAAAAGAAAUCGAAAUCCGUUGAAUUAUGGUAAAAUCUGCUAGGUCUCACCUCGAAGAAGAAGAUGAACCUGAUGAUUACGACUCCUCUUCUUACAGAGGUGAUGUAUCGAAGAUGGAUGGUAAGAGCAGUGGACAGAAGGUGAAUACGCACAGGUCCAAGCAUUCAGAGACAGAGCAGCGUAGGAGGAGCAAGAUAAAUGAGAGGUUCCAGGUUUUGAGAGAUCUUAUACCUCAAAAUGACCAGAAAAGAGAUAAGGCUUCAUUCUUGCUAGAGGUUAUAGAGUACAUUCAGUUUUUACAGGAAAAGUUACAAAUGUAUGAGGGGCCAUACCAAGGUUGGAGUCAAGAGCCAACAAAAUUGACACCCUGGAAAAAUCACAAUCUGCCUGUUGAAGGUGCGAUGGAUCAUUCUCAAGCGUCAAAUAAUGGUUCUGCUCAUAAGACUACUGCCAUGCUCACAAAUCUAAAUAACUUGAUUGAACCUCACCUGGGAACCACUGCAGUUCCAUUUAAUGUGCAAGUGCAGUCAAAUAUGUUUGCUGCUGUUGGGAGGGAGGAUGUAAUUGCUCAGCCUGUGCAGGAGUCUGUUUCUGAUGCUGAGAAUAUGGCAUAUCCACAUCAAUCCCAACUGUGGCAGGGUCAACCAUGUGCUACUGAGUGUGGCACUCUAAACAAUACAUCGAAUGGACAAGAUGAACCAAUGAUUGAAACUGGAUCAGUUGGCUUGUCAAAUACAUAUUCUCAAGGGAUUUUGUAUACCUUGACUGAAGCACUACGGUCUUCAGGUGUGGAUUUGACUCAGACAAACAUCUCAGUGCAAAUUGACGUUGGCAAACAAGGAAAUAGGGGAGCACCAUUUGUGGCAUCAAGUUCAAAGGAUGAAGAAAUUCUGAAUUUUCACAAUCAGGUGAUGGAACAAACUGGAGUGAGGGGUCGAAUGGAAGACUCUGAUCAAGCUCAUAAAAGACCGAGAACAGAAAAAAGCUAGUAUAUUGUUGUGUUUUAAAUUCCAUCCAUCUGAUUCCCUCUUUUGGUUCCUUUCUUGGAAAUGUUGUGCUGUUUUAUUGUGCGGCAGUCCACAGCCAUGUCUUGUUGUCUAAAUGCCUCUUUGGUUUGCAUGGUUGUGUGGAUGGAAUUUCCUUUGGUGGGGCAGUAGAUAAAAUUGGAGUUAUAUAUAUUCUUUUAUUGGCAUCUCUUAUUUCAUACAGAGGCUUCCAUGCACAUAAUGAGAAGUUUUACAUUUCUCCA